AUGAGUCUUGCAAAAUAUUCUGUUGCUGAAUUGCACAUGGCUAUCAUAUAUAAGGAUUUUGAUUCACUCUCUCGGAUUGUGCAAACGAAUAGAAAAACACUGGAUUCCCUUUGGAGGGGACUGACAUCUGUAAGCCUUGCCUUACAGCUGAAUUCAUACAAAAUUUUGCAAUAUUUAGUUGAACAUGGUGCAAAUGUCAAUAUCAGAACUUCGGAUGAUAAAAUGGAACCUGCACUUUUUCAAGCCUGUCGCCUACAGUCUUUUGUAGGAGUUCGUAUUUUAUUAUGUUCAUCUAACCUUAAUAUAAAUCAAAGAGACUUUUUUAAUCGAACUCCGUUGUGGGCAGCUGCCAAGUAUUCGUCACCUGAUAUGGUCAAUUUGUUAUUAGAACACGGUGCCGACGUUAGUGUUGCAUCCAAAAUAUCCGAGUGUCCACUUUGUGUUGCGUUGGGCAGACCUAGGCAGAAAAAAAUUGCUCAAGUGUUAAUACGUCGAGGGUGUAACUUAAAUGCUGGCCAGAAUGUUCCUUUAGAAUUAGCAUUAAAAUUUAAUGAUCGCGAGACAUUUUGCCUUUUAAUUCGUGCUGGUUUUUCAAUAGCAAAAUGGUUUUCUGCAGAUAUAUUGCCUUUUCAGUGGAAGGAAGAUGUAUCAUUUUACAAAUGGAUUGUUUCGCUGACAACUAAACCACGUAAUCUGUUACACCUAUGUGUUUGUUAUGUUCGUGAACUAUUGGUAUUUAGAAACCAAAACAUAAGGUACUGUCAUGUAAAUCAGCUACCUAUUCCUUAUUCAUUGAAAAACUUGAUUCUUUUAGAAGAUUGA